CUCACCGCGGUAGGACGUAGCACUUAGUAGCGUUAACGUAGAAAGCAAAUCAACGACGGGCUUCAACUCGUUUUGACGGGCGCAACGACUUGGCUGGACCUUGCCAGUUGACCGGGGCGGUCGCUUCUCCCCACCACUUGUUCCUCAACUUGUAGCAACCAUAAUCAUGAGCGUUACAGAGUACAUCACGCGGUUGACGAUAAAGUCCGCGAGGGACCUGCCCAAGACAGACCGCCUGAGCAAGAUUGACCCUUACAUGGUGAUACUGGUCAAUGGGCAGCAGUUUAGGACCAAGGUCAAGGACGACAACGAGAACCCGGACUGGAAUGAGACGUUUGGUGCGCGCCUGCUGAAGCACCCGACCGGGCUGCUGCAGGGCAGCCUAGAGCUUAACCUUUAUGAUGAGGAUACGUUCGCGGACUCCUACGUGGCCAAGUAUGUGCUGGACCUCUCCACACUCACGCAAGCACAGCUGGGCAUCCCGCUGACGUUUAGCAUGGAGUAUGUCAAGGACAAGUACAAGUCACAGGGAAAGCACCCAACCAUCACAGUCCAGUUCGACGGGCUGGUGCAGAGCUUCUACUCGCUGCGGUCCAUGUUUGCUCCCAUGCCGGGCUUCCUAACCGACGACACCACCAGCGCCUGCUUCAUCCCAAUCACGGAGUCUAACGGGCUCAUCUACGUCUGCGUGGACUAUGACUCGGGCGGCAAAAUCGACUUCAAGGUCUACGUGACCCGGCCCAACGUGCCCAUUUACCUGGACCUGCUGGUUCUCGCCGGCGCCCAGUACACCAAGGUGCGCCGGAGGCUGUUCCGCGACGGCCACGCGGUGGCGGGCGGCCGCCUGACGGUGUACGAGGAGCUCAAGCUGGACGACGUGCCCGUCAGCGUCGACUUCAACAACCUGUCGCUCAUCGUGUUCGACUCGCACCCGCUGUCCUCCACCAACGCCGACGUGGUGGUCACGGCGCACGGCUGGAAGGGCGCCAUGAACUUCACGCAGGCGCGCGAGAAGCUGAAGAACGUAGAGGUGGACGAAAAGAAGCAGGAGAUCUACAUGACGGUGGACGCCGGGGAAACCAUGCUGCUGGUGGACUACGACCGCAACGACGCCGACAUCAAGCUGGCGGUGCUGGCCUCGCCCUCCACCGCAGACAAGGGCUACGACCUCACCAUCCGCGGACAGAACGUCAACAAGAUGUCCGAGCUGUACGUGCCGCCCAUUCCCAAGCUGCACGGCCAGUUCCACGUGACGCGCCUGUUCGAGCUGGACGACCUGCAGUACGGCACCCGCUUCGACGACAUUGAGAUCCUGCGCUUCCAGCUGUCCAACCCGCGCCAGUACACCAUCCAGGGCCUCACGCGCAUCAUGGGCUAAGCGCGCCGGCCGCUGAGGACCGCAGGCGCGGGGCUUGCCGGGCCACGACACUGGCCGGGCGCUGUGGAUGAGCGGGCAUGGCAUGGCCAUGCAACGGCUUGCUGUACGGUGGAGCAUCGCCGCGGCGGAUUGGUGCAAGCGGGCAGGGUGGGGUCUUGCGCUGUGAGCGUGCAGGGCGCGAGCCACCGCGUCGGGCCGAAUGCGGUGCGGGUGGGCUGAUAGGGUGUGUACGUUUGCCCGACCUGGAGCGGGUAUCGGCGCGGGUUGUGUGCGCCGGGAGAAGACAUGGGCUCGAUGAACUGGCGCCCUCGAGCAGUGCCGCAACUGCCGGAGGAGGCAGCUGCGAGGGCAUUCCGUAAGUAGCGUACGUGGGACGUGUGUGAGUCCCGGCCGUACUAGUCGUCGUCAUGCGCCUGUGCCUUUUACUUGAUGGGUAGAAGAGGUCAUUCAUAGGAAUAACCGGGUCCUCCGUGUGCAUUGUGUCGAUAUUUUCGCAUCGCCCGCUCAGCUUGUUCCCUCUUUCAUCCACGUCUGGGUGCGUACAUCCAUUCAGUGGUAGGCUGGUAGCACUGUCGGGCUCGACGUUGAGGGUUGUUCUGGGUUGAUGUACGUACUUUCUAUCGUUCUACAAGGCACACAAAACUGACAGAGGCGGGCAUGGUAUCCAAAGACAUGGUACCCGUUGUUUGGACACGCGGACAAGCUCAUGGGGUUAGGCAUGCGCUGCUGUCCAGACUGUAUUGUUGGAUUCGUACGGAACAUUACUGCCAUAUGGUGACCGGGGCCCAUGAUGGGACAGUCCAGGUCUGUGCCUGCAUACCUGUAACUGGCGCAAAGGCCGAGGCCACGGCGGGCGUAAACUGUCCUGUCAUCAGGGGGGGUAGUUUCGACUGGGAAAGGCCCGAUGUUCUAAAAUGAAAGAGCUUGACGAGAGGACUCCAAAUCCACUUUCAGAGUUUCAAUCAGGGUAGUAAUUGCAAAGUUAUGGAUGCGGAUUACAAUUGAAGGGACAGCCCGACAAGCGGGGGCACGCCGUACCCACGCCGCGAAGGGCCAUCUGCGACCCAGAGAAACAACACCCGCCCCCUGGUUGGCUGCCGACCUUCAUAGUGUUACGCACAUGAGUCG